GAACCAUGACGUCCCUGAUGGGUGAGCAUCCAUGGUGCAGCGUUGGUAAAUGCUUGUGUCUCAGUGUGACCUUUCUCCCUUUUUUCUUUUCUCAUCAGCCAGGGCCAACUCGUUUGUAGGAACAGCCCAGUAUGUGUCUCCAGAGCUGCUCACAGAGAAGUCGGCCUGUAAAAGUUCAGACCUUUGGGCUCUCGGAUGUAUAAUAUACCAGCUUGUGGCAGGACUGCCGCCUUUUCGAGCGGGAAAUGAAUAUCUUAUAUUUCAGAAGAUCAUUAAGUUGGAAUAUGACUUUCCUGAAAAAUUCUUCCCUAAGGCAAGAGACCUUGUGGAAAAACUUUUGGUUUUAGAUGCCACGAAGCGAUUAGGCUGUGAGGAAAUGGGAGGGUACGGCCCCCUGCGAGCUCAUCCGUUCUUUGAGUCCAUCACGUGGGAGAACUUGCAGCAUCAGACGCCUCCGAAGCUCACCGCCUACCUGCCAGCCAUGUCGGAGGAUGACGAGGACUGCUACGGAAACUACGACAACCUCCUGAGCCAGUUCGGCUGCAUGCAGGUGUCCUCGUCCUCCUCCUCCCACUCCCUGUCCGCCUCGGAUGCAGGCCUGCCGCAGAUGGCGGGCAGCAACAUCGAGCAGUAUAUCCAUGACCUGGACACUAAUUCUUUUGAACUGGACUUAGAGUUCUCUGAAGAUGAGAAGAGGUUGUUACUGGAGAAGCAGGCCAGUGGAAACCCUUGAGAGAGAUGUGCUUUCUCAGCCCCCAGCAGCGCCACCCACAUUCAAGGGCUAUCAGAGCGCUCUCCGGUGCGUGUUCCGGAGACACUGGGCAGAACUGUAGAUACGGAGCUACAACAGGCCAGGGCUCUCUUCCCCUCAUACGCGGGACGUCAGUGCCUUCCGUCCGUGUCUCUGAACAGAACGGUUUUGCAUACUGUUCUGGUGCCGGUGGAACUGCAGCGCCAGAGGCCUGUCAUUCAGAGUUGGAACGAUAAACGAAUAGCUUGUUGUAAGUGUACAUGUGAGGAGCUCUUUCAGAGCCAAACUUCAGAAGCCGCUGUGGCAUCUUCAAAGUUACGUUGUCCAGGCUGGAAAAGUGCACUCGACAGCUGGGAGGCCAAGGAGUGUUGGGCCGUUGACAUGGUGGAGUGCCGGCCAGGUGACAGUCGGGGUGAAGAGUCCCGGCACUGCCACAGGCCCUGGUGCAGCAGCUCUCUGGGCUAAAGAGGCGGCUGCGGACACCAGGAGUGAGUUGGCAUCCCUCUGGCCAAGUUAUAUUUUUCCUUACGAGUGGCUAAAUCUCCAGAUACUGCUCAUAUUGCAAGCAUUGAACCAAGUGUGGUCUUCAAGUCUCUGAGCCCAAAAUCACAUAUUUAGGAAGAGAAAAGCUAACUGCGGUCCAUGCACAUGGAUGAAAACUAGAGGAUCAUUCAUGGUUAAUCACACUGUGGUGUUGAAAGCUCUAGAAGCCGGAAGUCACAGGCCUUUAGGUCUUUGUGGAUGUCCCGCAAGGUAUCUACACUUUUCUUGAGCUGAGCAGCCUCAUCAUCCUUCAGCUUCUGGCUGAUCGCCCUGGUUAAUCCCUGAGCAUUCAGGAUACAUGGAAAGCUCAGGAAUACUUUGUUCUCAGUGCCAUGCAUUCCCUGCACCAUCGUCACCGGACGAAUCCUGGCUAGAUUUUCAAUGUGGAUUCAGUGAGUUCAGCCAUAUUUAAUCCACUAGUCCAGUUGGUAUGUCCUUUGAGUGUGAUGACUUCAUAGGCACUUUGAACCACCCUCGUAUGCACUCCCUUCCAGUUUCCACCGCCACCAUCUGUUCCCAUUUCUGGAUUCAGUUCCUGGGCACAAAUGCCUGCUGCAUUCACUCCACUCCACACAUCCACUUUUGAGUCGCCAUGUUCUCCCAAAGUCCAUCCAUGGCAGCUGCUGGGAUGAGUGCCAAGUGUUUCAGCCGUAAGAUAGCGAAAUCUAACAGAAUCCAGAUUAUACCCACUUACAAUCACACAGUGCUUGCGUAGUCCCCUUAGUUUCCAAAUCACAUAUGUGAGACCUCCCGCUGGGUUGAAAACCACAGUCACAGGACCACCAGGACCAUACUGGACUAUCCGAGGGACGGUGAAUUGGAAGACACUGACAUUCCUCUGCACCAGACUGAGCCGGCUCUCUCCCUCCUGCUGGGGGACCCCUGCAGUUACCACCCCAACGCUAGAGUCAGCGGUCCUAGAGUAGUCUUCACCUGCCGCAGUUUUAGCUGUCUGAAGACACAAGCUCCCAUGUUGCAGACCCAUCAUUUCUCCCUUGAGUUUAUCUUCCAAAACAUCCACGAGGGCAGGUUCAUCAGCCAGAGAGUUUCCCAGAAUGCUUACGGCACACACCAUACCAACUUGUCCGGCACCCACCGGAGUGAUCCUACCGUUUGGGAAGGUUGCCUCUUCUGCAGUUGCAGUCAGUUUCUCCGUCAGAGUCGCACAAAGAGCACAGUGUCAGCUGCGCGCGCCUCCUCAGGCGCAGGUCAGGGUCUGCCUCGAGUCCUGCUUUGGAAUCUCACUGCCUGUUCUGGAACAGAUGUGUUGUUGACCUGUGCACCAGUGCUGCGGAAGCAGUGGCUGGCACAGCCUCGGGGGCAGGUCAGGAGUCCAGGCUGUGGCACCAGGCGGUGCUCGAGCACCUGGGCUUUCCACGCACACACGGGAAGAAAAGAAACCAGGCUCACUUGGGAGUAGUCGUCAAAAAUUACUGGUUUUAUUAGUAGUCUGAAUGCAGUGGGAAGUCUGCAGGAAGCAUCUCUGCUGCCAAGCCAAAGGUGAGUUCUCUCAAGCAAAGCAGUGGUGUUGGGAGUGCGGUCAGCUGCUCUUUGCAUGCAAGACCGUUUUCACUACAGUGUUUUACCGGCAAACUGGGGUUAUUCAGACUUGCCCGUUGGGCCGUUUUUUCUGGAAAAGGAGUGGAAUGAGCCCAUCCUUUAAGACAAACAACUGCCAGUAUUUGUUACCAGUGAUAAAAUCAAAAUUAGGAUUUGGGGAACCUUUAUCCCUCACUUGAGUUUGACAUCUUCCCAGGACUUAAAGACUUGAGGAGAGAGGUCAUGACGGUAAUGAGUUGAUUGGCGGAUAUCGUGGGAGGUAAUUUGUCGAUGUUGGGGCGAUUUCCAUGACUCGGCAAACCACCGUUUUCCAGGUUGGGUGCUGGGGGCAGAGCUGUUCAAAGUGCCAGGUACACCGAUGAGUUCUAGUGUCUCAGAGUGUGAGAGAGCCGUCGUGGGACUCCAACUCCAGGUUGGCAGUGGACCUUGAAGGAACUCCGCUUGUUGAGUUUGGGUGCAUUAUCAAAGAAGAACGCCCAUCGUCAUCUGAAGAGGCUUUUAAAGGCACUCCUUCCUGUUCCAGCUACUUGACUCAGUGAGGCUGAGUCCUUCGUGUGCUCUAGCCUGCACAGCGGGGCACAGCCCAGUGAAGGCUGGGGCAGAUGGGGGUACCCAGCUGUCUUCUCUGAAGCCAGAUAUUAAGGAGAUUUGCAAAAUGUACAGUGGGGUCAUGCUUCCCAUGACUUAUCUUUGUUUUGGAAAAAAGUUACUCUUGAAUAAAAAUGUUAUUUAUAUUAGU